UUAAUUAAUUUAUGGCUUUGCAAUCGCCCGGGGUCAUGUUUCACCCGGACCGAAAUAAGUGACGCACAUGCCCACUGGACUGAAUGCACACGCGAGUAGCGAAUAUAACUUAACUUUCUCUUAAGCCAUGGCGGACAACUUUAACCCCGGUGGAGUGCGAAAAAGACAGAAAAUGUCAAAGUUGUGGAACCAUUUUUCACGUCGUAAGGUGGAAAACGUAGUCCAGUUUAAAUACAGUAAAAUGGAUUUAGCCUAGCACAACACCACAUCCUCCAUGCUGCAGCACCUGUAAAUGUCACUUCUGCAAGCGGACUCGGAGCCUCUACAAGAUAAUGCUUUUUAGCCUGUUUUUCUAUAUUUUCUGCGGACUCUGCGACUUUUUCGUUUGUAGCGCUCAGUUUCAGCUCACACCGUACAUCUGGUAGCAACACGUCGGGCUUAAAAUGUGCUAAAAAUAGCAGUUUUUACACAACACGUCGGACUUUUUACUGUGUUAUUGAUGUCUGUUGUCCCUCGGGGUUUCUGCAGGAGGACACGGGUAUUUAUGAGUGGCGGAGGAAAACGAAAGAAAUAUUCUGUGCAGGAAGAGGAAGGCUGCAGCACUCUGCAAACAGAGAAGAACAAUCGGACCCGUCUGGAGGCGCUGAAGAAGCAGAAGAAACAGAGGAUGGAAGAGCUUAAAGGCCUCGUCGCUAAAGACCGUGAGCUGUGUAAUGUCAUGUGCACCUCCCCCUUUAGUAUCGACCAGAGUGCCGUCCCAUCGAUGCAACAGCUAGAGGCCUAUCGCACCUAUCUCGCCGAUCUCACCAAAGAGAAGGAGUGUCGUCUUGAAGAAUUUGUGACCAUCAGAAAGGAGGUCAUUGCUUGUAUGGAGGAUUUGGAACAGCAUCCGGAGACCAGUUUUGAAAUGGAUGUGGUCUGUGAGGAUGUGGAUGCGUUUUGCCUCUCCAACGACAACAUCGCGGCUCUGAAACUUGUUCUCAGUCAGUUGCACGAGCGCAAGGCCGAGAAUGAGCUCGUCUGCGCUGGUUUCCGGACAAAGAUCCAGGAAUUGUGGCAGAGGCUUCAGAUUCCUCAGGAGGAGAGGGAAGCUCUCUCUGAACACAUGGUCAACUCGAAGAAGAAAAACAUUGAAGCUCUCCAGUCAGAGAUCCAGCGCUUAGAAGCGCUGAAAAUCCAAAGCAUGCAAAGAAUCAUCAAGGUCAUCAGGGAGGAACUCGCUCUUCUGUGGAAGAAAUGUUUCUACAGCCUUGAACAGCAGGAGGCUUUUCUUCCAUAUCAUGAUGAUGAUUUCACCGAGGAGCUUCUCAGCAGACAUGAGGAGGAGGUCAGACGCUUGCAGAGGUACUACGAGCAACAUAAGCAACUCUUUGAAGGAGUCUCAAAAUGGCAGAACAGCUGGACCUUGUACCUGGAGCUUGAUAAAAAGAAUAGCGAUCCAUCAAGGUUCAACAACAGAGGGGGGAACCUUUUAAAAGAAGAAAGGCAAAGAACCGACCUGCAGAAAAGUCUGCCUAAGGUGGAGAAGAUUCUGAAGGCUCAGAUUGAGGCCUGGGAAGAAGAGCAUGGCAAAGAAUUCCUGGUGGGUGGCCAGAGGUUUCUGGAAUAUGUGCAUCAGCAGUGGGAGAAGCACCAUGAGGAGAAGGAGAAGGAAAAACUUGAAAGACAACUAAAGAAAAGUAUACAAACGAAAGAGGAGAUGCUGUUCGGGGCAACGGCGAGGACUCCAUCUAAACGCCAGAUGCCAGGAACUCCAGUAGCUGCAAAACUGAGAAAGUUAAAUGGCACCUCAACCAUCUCUACUCCGAACAGCUUCCUUAGUCCCAGCCUCAGUGGAGCCAUGUGCCAGUCCUUAAUGCGGAAACCACCUUUGUCUGCCAGCAAGGGUCUUGGACUGCGAACACCAGGACGUGGAAAGAUGCCCCGCAUGUUGGAGCGAAACAAGGAGAACAUCUGCCAUGUGAGCAGAAAUCCUCCCUGUGACACACCAAAGCUUCAGGAACCCCCCAAUCAAACAUUUAACUCCAUCGCUGGCUCCUACUCGGAGUUUACGAGAGACCUCACCAAAGCCUCCAAAUCUCAUGUCCCAUCUGGCCUGUUGAACUCCACCGUCGACUUUAAGUGACGUUAAAAAGCAUCAGGAGUUGUGGACAAGAGAACUUGUAAACAAAAUGUUAUGAGGUUUUUUUUUUUUUUUUUUUUGUCCUGUUUGAAAAAUGCUUUCUUUCAGGGGUUCUGUUUGGUGUGUGUGUGUGUGUGUGUAUAUUUCUAUGGUUUUAAAUAUUUUACUGCUUCUUUAUUUACUUUUAGAUCUUUUUCACCUGAUGCAUUUUAUCUGUGGUUCCACUUUAUUAUAGUAGCUCCAUGGCUUUCCCUUUGAACCUGAAAUGAAAGCUGCGUUUUUAGUCACAUUGAGAAUAAAGCUUUUUAAAUAA